AUGCACCCAAUGAUUUCUAACACCACUAACUUUGAGAAUUUUUUCCCCGAAACAUUGCUUCUCGAAAAGAUAGUGGUGUCUCCCAAUGUUGCAACACUUAAGCAUCGUGGGGGCUACAUUAGUAUUACUCCGAUGGCAUGUGUUAAUACCGAUUUGAUGCAGAUUUUCUCUGAAAAUGUUUUCUUCAGUGGAACUGGGUCUUGGUUCUAUUGGUUUCUCUACUUAAAAUGUAACUGCAGAUUUUCUGGGCCCGGUGUUUCCUGCGUUUGCUGUAUUUUCAUUAUUCUCAGUGAAUCUCGAGAAAAUUGGGGCAUUGAAUCGAAUAUGAUAACUUGUAUAGCUUGUUCAAAGCAGCAAACUGCCAGAUCUCUUCGCGACCCUCCUGAAGAGGAUGACACCGCCGUCACUCCCUCCAGUAAACAACCAAUCAAAGCCCUAACCAACCAGAUCAAGGAUAUGGCAGUAAAGGCAUCUGGUGCUUACAAGUCCUGCAACCCAUGUUCCCGCUCCUCAAGCAACAACCAUGGCCGAGCCUACCCUGACUCGGAAGCCGGCUGGGUUUCGGAGAGAUUUUGCGGCACCUACAAGAGAACAGGGAGCUUAGACAACCAUCCAAGGCUAUGGGGGAAGGAAAUGGGAGCCAAACUCAAGGCCCUUUCGAGCGGUGAAGCCACGCCCUCUUCAGUUAGCGGUAGAAGUGUAUCGGUAGUGUUCAUGGAGGAAGAUGAGCCCAAAGAGUGGGUUGCACAGGUUGAGCCUGGUGUGCUCAUUACUUUCGUUUCAUUUCCUCAAGGAGGAAAUGGUCUCAAAAGGAUUCAAUUCAGUCGAGAGAUGUUUAACAAAUUGCAAGCUCAACGGUGGUGGGCAGACAACUACGACAAAGUGAUGGAAUUAUACAAUGUGCAGGGGUUCAAUCGUCAAGCAGUACCAGAAGAAACAACUCUGCUGAAACCUGAAGAGGAGAACUCAAAAAUUGAAUCUGCUGAGAAUAGCCCUGUCGAACACCACCAAAUGCAAUCUCGCCAUUACUGCGACUCUGGUGAUCUUAAUUUGACACCAAAACUGUCCAGCCUUAGUGCUGCAAGGACGGAUGCAUCUUCCAUCAAUGCUUCUGCAAAGUCUAUUUCUUCAAGAGAGUCUGAACACUCCGGGGAGCUUUCAGUGAGCAAUGCGAGUGAUUUGGACACUGAGUGGGUCGAGCAAGAUGAGCCUGGAGUUUACAUCACUAUUGGAACAUUGCCAGGUGGCACUCGUGAGCUUAGAAGAGUGCGGUUCAGCCGAGAAAGGUUUGGAGAAAUGCAGGCACGGUUGUGGUGGGAAGAGAAUCGAGCUAGAAUUCAACAGCAGUACUUGUGA